AUGUUGACCAAGCAUGGCUUGACCUUGGUGUUGAAUGUAGGCCAGUUCCAGUCUGAUAAACCAAGGGGUAUACCCGAAAAUCUGGGUGCUAAUGCUAUCUCAGACCAGCCUGUUGCUAUCCCGCAUGAAGAUAGAGCUCUGUACGGCCUCCAGGAAGGCCAAGUGAAAAUGAUGGAGAAGUAUGGCGGAAAUUUUGUGGCACAUAUUGAAGUUUUCCACCAUCUUCAUUGUCUUGUAAGUACAAAGAUUUCCCUUGAUUAUUUAGUGAUUGGAUUAAGGCUGAUUAACAUGAAAGGACCGCAUUGUCUUGAUAUCCUUCGACAGCAGAUAAUGUGCACUGCUGAUACUUCAGUUUUUGGACAAUGGUGGGUGAAAGGUAUUGGGCCCUUCGUCGACUUCAACACAAAGCACCAGUGCAAAGAUUACGAAACAAUCCGGUCUUGGGGAGAAAAACACCAGAUAUCUCCGGAUGUAGAGGUGGAAAUGUGGCCUGGUGACCCAGAGCUGCCAGUGGUACCCUGA